AUGUCUUCCUUUAAAGCCUAUGGUAAAGUCGACGAAUCCGACCAAGUCAUGUUCGAAGUUCAAAGGAGAUCGCGAAAGCGAAUAACCAUCAUAAGCUUGUCCACAAUUGUCCUGGUUGGUAUUGUUUUUGCAGCGGUUUUCGGAACCCUUGCUCAUAAUAAUGCUCGUAACAAUGACAACAACGAUAACAAUGACCAAUCUCUUUCAAGUUCUGUGAAGGCUAUUUGUGAUGUUACAUUGUACAAGGAUUCAUGUGAAAGAAGUCUUAGUCCGCUUGUUCAUUUGGGUCAGCAACUUCGACCUGAAGAGUUGUUCAAGCUGUCAAUACAAGUGGCAUUAACCGCGGCUUCGAGUGGUGUUGAGUAUUUCUCCGAGCAUGGAGCUUUUGAUGAGAUGAACUUGAAUUUGGAUAAUAGAACAAAGGAAGCUUUGGUUAACUGUAAGAAUCUUUUGGAACUUGCUGUUGAUCAUUUGAAUAGCUCUUUGGUUUAUGGUGGAAAGUCUUCUUUGCUUGAUGUUUUGGAGGAUCUUGAAACUUGGUUGAGUGCUUCGGGUACUUACCAACAAACGUGCAUGGAUGGUUUAGAAGAGGCAGAAGAAGCAUUAAAGUCAAGUAUAACAACCAAUCUCAAAGACUCCACAGAACUCACAAGCAACAGUCUUGCCAUCAUCACAUGGCUUAACAAGGCUGCAACAUCCGUAAACUUUCGGCGGCGCUUACUGAGUUUUUCUAACAAGGAUCAACAACCAAACUGGCUUCAUUCCAAAGGCAGAAAGCUACUUCAAACAGACAAUGAUUUGAAGAAGAAAGCCGACAUUGUUGUCGCGAGAGACGGGACCGGAAAAUACAGAACUAUUUCAGCUGCAUUGAAAAAUGUACCUGAUAAAAGUGACAAAAGGACUGUGAUCUAUGUGAAGAAAGGGACUUAUUAUGAAAAUGUUAGAGUGGAGAAAACUAAAUGGAAUGUCAUGAUUAUUGGUGAUGGAAUGAAUGUUACAACUGUUUCUGCUAACUUUAAUUUUGUGGAUGGCACACCAACAUUUUCAUCAGCAACAUUCGCUGUGUUUGGGAAGAAUUUCAUUGCUAGGGACAUUGGUUUCAAGAACACAGCAGGUCCAGAAAAACACCAAGCAGUAGCGCUAAUGACAAGCGCGGAUCAAGCAGUUUUCUACAAAUGUUCCAUUGAUGCAUAUCAAGAUUCACUCUACGUUCACUCGAACCGUCAAUUCUAUCGAGAAUGCAAUAUCUACGGAACAGUCGACUUCAUAUUCGGAAAUUCAGCUACUGUAUUACAAAACUGCAACAUUUUACCGAAACAACCAAUGCAAGGACAACAGAACACAAUAACAGCACAGGGAAAAACUGAUCCUAACAUGAACACAGGACUAUCGAUUCAAAAUUGCAAUGUUUUGCCUUUCGGAAACUUGAGUUCUGUUAAAACAUAUUUAGGUAGACCUUGGAAGAAUUACUCGACAACAGUGUUUAUGCAAUCCAACUUUGGAAGUUUUAUUAGUCCAAAUGGAUGGUUACCUUGGGUUGGAGAUUCUGCACCAGAUACUAUAUUCUAUGCUGAGUUCCAGAAUGUUGGAGCUGGUGCUUCAACGAAAGAUAGAGUCAAGUGGAAAGGUUUGAAGAAUAUUACAAGUAAACAAGCAAAAAAGUUUACUGUUAAGUCUUUUCUUAAUGGAGAUAAAUGGAUUCCUGCUUCUGGUGCAACAUUUAAAUCCUCUCUGUAA